ACUACUGCUGUGUCUGACAAGUGAAGAGCUGCAUUUUUUAGGUCUUACUUUUUGCUGGGUAGGCUCCCGUUUAGUUGUUGAUUUCCGCUCCGACUGGGUCUCGAGCGAGCGACAACACGGGGGUGUUUUGUUCGGUUUUGGAGUUUUAAGACGUUUAAUAGUUUACCUUUCGAUCGUGGCUAUGGCGCGAGAAGAGAAGGGCUCGGCUGGUUGCCAUCAACAAGAGCGUAGCAUCCUUUGCAUCAACAAUUGUGGAUUUUUCGGCAGUCCCACGACCCUUAACAUGUGCUCCAAGUGUUAUCGGGAUCAUGUUUUGAAGUCUUCGCAAGCCGAAGCAGCCUCUUCAGCCUUAUCAGCACCGUCUAGCGGUUCCACAAAGCCUGCAGCUCCAUGCGCUGAGAGAGUUUCUGCUCCCUCUUUUCCAGAGCCUAUGGAGGCAGGCUCAUCUGCGGUGGCCGCGGGUCCGGGGCCCGGGGUUUCAGCCGGCGCCACUGCUGUGGACAACGCAACUGCAUCCUCAGCUGCUGCUUCUUCAGCGUGUGCUGCCUCCUCAGCUGUAGCGGCUGCUCCGCCAGAAUCGCAUCCACCUGCUAACCGCUGCCAUGUUUGCAAACGCCGAGUUGGGUUGACAGGUUUCAAGUGUCGCUGUGAAGGUUUGUUUUGUUCUCUUCACCGCUACUCAGACAAGCAUGAUUGCUCCUUUGACUACAAGGCUGCUGGUCGUGAGGCCAUUGCCAAGGCCAGCCCAGUCAUCAAGGCCGACAAGAUAGAUCGCUUCUGACUGAUCAUCACCCCAUCUUGAUUCACGUGCUGCAUGACCAGAACUCGAGGGUGGUGCCUUUGGUUAUGGCUGGAUAGGUGAGCUGUCCAUGCGCUCGUGGUGGCUGAUUCUCAGGCUGCUGAAUACUACAAACCUUGGGGUUUUCGUGCAGUAGAAUUGGUUUGUGCUCCUGGCUCGCCUUCAGAGGAUGCAUAAACUCUUAGUGGAUGCUGUGGUGUGGUGGCGGCUGUUUGGGGUUGAUGUUCAUUUGUUAAUAGUCCAUUGUGUUUGUCCUAGUCUCGAAUUGCAACAUAAC